AUGGACAAUCAAUCAAGAGUUGCUGAAUUCAUUCUGCAUGGAUUCCCUGACACUGAAGAAUUAAGAAUAGUUCAUAUUAUCACUUUUUCAGUUAUUUAUUUAGUGGCACUCACUGAGAAUCUCAUUAUUAUCACUGUCAUUCUUUACAGCCAUCAACUUCACUCACCCAUGUAUUUUUUUCUAGCCAACCUAUCCUUCCAAGAUCUUGGCUCCAUCUCUGUCACAAUUCCUAAAUCACUAUUGAAUUCUUUGAUAUCCACUGAAACUAUUUCUUAUUCUGGUUGUCUCUGUCAAGUUUUCUUCUUUGUUUUCUUUAUAAUGUCUCAUCUCUUCCUCCUUGGUGUCAUGGCAUAUGAUCGUUAUGUAGCCAUCUGCAAUCCAUUACAUUAUGAGAUGGCAAUGAACAAAAAAGUCUGUAUCCAAAUGGCAACCAACGCAUGGAUAGUUGGCCUUUUCUACUCUACGCUCUAUACUGGAAAUUUAUUCACGGUGGAUUUCUGUUCCAGAAUCAUCAAUCAAUUCUUUUGUGACAUUCCUCAAUUACUCCAAAUCUCCUGCUCUGAUUCAUAUUUCAUUGAAUUCUGGACUCUCAUCUUUGGUUCCUCUUUAGGAUUUAUUCAGUUUGCUCUAAUUGCUUUUUCUUAUGUGAAGAUCUUCAGAGCAGUUUUUAGAAUCCCAUCCUCUCAAGGAAAACAAAAAGCCUUCUCUACUUGCUUACCCCAUCUCACAGUCAUUUGUCUGUUUACAGUAGGUGGUACCCUUGCCUAUUUCGGUCCAACAUCCACUACCACUUCAGCUUUAUAUCCAUUUCUAUCUGUAUUUUACUGUUUGGUACCACCACUCUUAAACCCACUAGUUUAUAGCAUGAGAAAUAAGGAACUCAAAAUGGCAUUCUGGAAACAAAUGCUCAAUAUUUGUCCUAAUUCCUUGUGCAAACAUCAUUCUUGGUUUCAACUAUUCUGGUAA